AUGGCGAAUCAUCCCUGGGGCUCUACUUGGCGGUCUUCCACUGCAUUCAUUAUUGUUUGCAUCACCACCGCUCUUUUUGCUGAGUCCUUCCUCUAUGGCUUCAUCGUCCCGAUCCUCCCGUUUAUCCUCGAAGACCGAUCCCAUGUCGACCCGGCCGAUACCCAACGAUUGACCUACCAAGUCCUCACGUUAUACGGCGGGGUAGCAGUGGUCUCCGGCAUCGUCAUCGGCCAACUGGCCGAUCGAGCAAAGUCCCGCAAGCUGCCUCUGAUUGUCGGAUUGGGCAUUGCGUUUGUCGGGACGUUGGUUCUUGCGACGGCCACAGGGUUGCCAGGAGUUUUCGUCGGUCGAUUUCUUCAAGCCGUCGGUGGCACCGCAGCAUGGAUUGUUGGAUUCGCUACACUUCGGGAUACGAUCGAGGCGAAGGAUAUUGGGAAGACAUUCGGUCUAGUGAACAGCUUCGUGGGCGCUGGUGCUCUUUCCGGUCCCGCGGUCGCUGGUCUUUUGCUCCAACUGGCAGGGUACUGGGUGACUUGGGGUACAGUGUUGGUGGUGAUCAUGUUGGACAUUGUCAUGCGAUUCGUGAUGAUUGAAAAUCCGAGGAAGAAGCGAGACCAACAGAAACAAGAUCAACAGCCCGGCGUAACAGAAGAAACGGAAGAAGCGACUGAAAAUAGCGCCCUCCUGGCUGGUAGCAGUCAACAGCAGCAAAAUAGCACUCCCUCCGUCCUCUCCUUUUACCAAAUCAUCCUCAGCCAGCCUCGGGUGAUUGUGGGACUGCUCAGUUACACCACAUACUCGUCUCUGGCCGCCAGCUACAAUACGACGAUCCCCAUCCAUGUGAGAGCGUCCUUUGGCUGGGAGAGUCUGCAGACCGGGUUGAUCUUUGCUGCUCUGCAAGCACCGAAUAUGCUUCUCAGUCCUCUGUGUGGAUGGCUCCGCGACAGAAUGGGGACCCGCUUGCCCACUGCCGUGGGCUUCAUCUUGCUGUCUCCUCUACUCUGGCUCCUUGGAGCGGCUGACCAAACGCAGUUCCCUUGGGCGGCUCACGCUCAGGUUGUGUAUAUUGUUGCUAUUGUCAUCAUUGGAUGUGUCCAGAACUUGCUCACCAGUGUCGGUACUAUUGAGAUUACCUGCGCUGUCGAUGAUCUCGAGUCCAAGACUCCCGGAAUCUUUGGUCCCAAUGGAGGCUAUUCCCGAGCUUACUCACUUUCCAACGUGAGCUUCACCAUGGGAUUCCUCCUUGGUCCCCUUUUGUCUGGCUCUUUGGUCGACGCUUUUGGAUAUUAUACUAUGAACUCGGUGUUGGCGAGUGUCUGUGUCGUCCUGUCGCUUUUGGCCCUGACUUUUCUGCAUGGGAAGUCGUCGGUUCGUGGACAGCAACCGCAGCAGAAUGAGAGCGCAUAA